UUUUGACUAGUUCACAUGUUGACGAUUUAAUUCUUAUAAGUUUCUGUUUAUAGUUAAUUAUUGUUUUAACCAAUACGUACGUUAAUUAAUGAUUAUUUAUUUAGUGUAAUUAUAGUGAAUAAGACUCACUGGUGUAUUUUAAAUAAGUAAGAACAAUGAGGGGUUACCAAGAGGACACUCCGCCGUCGUCAAUCAGCGGCGACGAAAUCGCGGGCAUGGACGAGGAAGAAGCCGUAUUCUUAGGCUACUUGGACGAGAUGGACGAGCUAGUAGACGACAACAUGGAGGAGGUCACUGAUCAGGAAGAGGAGGAUACAGAUAUGGAACCUCCAGAAGAUCUCUCUAUACUCGUUUUUAACAAACAUGUUGGUUCAGUCUUCUGUUGCGACCUCCACCCAAGCGGAAAGUUAGCUGUGACGGGCGGAGAGGAUGACAAAGCCUUUGUCUGGUCCGUACACACUGGACAAGUUAUCUUUGAAUGCACCGGACACAAAGAUUCAGUAAUAUUUGUUGGCUUCAGUUUUGAUGGUGCAUUCCUUGCUACAGCUGACAUGUCUGGUUUGAUUAAAGUAUGGAAAUGUAAUUUAGAAGAAAACCAACAAGAGCCAUGGCCUAUUGCAUUUGAAUUUGAAGCAGAAGACUUGACUUUUGGCUUGUGGCACUUUGCAGCCAGGGUUCUUAUCUGUGGAGCCGUGUCUGGGGACAUUUAUGUGUUUAAAGUACCUUCUGGUGACAUUAAAGUUUUGCAAGGUCAUAACACCAGAGUGGAAUGUGCUAAGAUGUUCAAAGAUGGAGUCCGCCUAGCUGCUGGUUAUGAUGACGGUGCAGUGAAGGUGUGGGAUCUUAAGACAAAUGCAGUUCUUCAUCAACUUCAAGCUAAUGUCCAUGAUAUGAGGGUAACAGCUAUUGACACACAUCCGGAGAAUAAUAUUAUGGCAUCUAUAUCUAGUGAUGGUAAAGUUAUUCUGACGACGUCAAAUAAUGGCAAAGUUGUGGGGCAACUGCAGGCAGAGAACGACUUAGAAACAGUUGCCUUUGCUCAAGACCCACAGCUAGGAUUGUUUGCAUUAGGUACACUAAACGGUGAAGUCGGUAUUUGGGACACGGCAAGACAGAUGGUCCGUCAUCAAUGCAGAAAAUCUGAUGAUGAAUCCAUCGUAGGAGUCACCAAGAUGAUAUGGGUGAAAGACCACCUUGUUACCGGGUGUCUCGAUGGAGCCAUUCGGGUAUAUCAGGGAAGAUCCGGUGAAAAAGUGUUACAUUUGACAGGCCACAGAUCAGAAGUCCUAGAUUUAUGUUUCAAUGAAAAUGAAAAUGUAAUACUGACUACGUCAGAUGACGGAACAGCUAGGAUAUUUAAAUAUGAAAUUAAUAAAGAUAAGGAUUAAUUUUA